UCCUGCGCUCGCACCGGCCUCCUCCUGCGAGAGAGAGAAUCGUACGCUCGCGCGAGUUCGUUGGCCGACCGUCACCCGCGCGCACUCGUUUUCCCGAUCGCACUCGCGGUUCUUUGAAAAUUGAUCGCGAAUUUUUUUGGAAAUCGGAGCGAGAAAAAUCGAGCGUCCGCGAGGGCCAGCGCUAUCGAUUUCGAGCCCGCCUCGACAAUCGAAAAGGAGAAAACCUGGUGCACUCGCAGUUCGAGAAAUCGACCCGCGUCACCCGGCCCAGCCAGCCGGCAGGUGCUAACUCGCGCGUGACUCCGGUGUUAGCUUCGAGUCACAGUCGCACGACUGCUCGCGUUGGCCGGACGUGUUCGCCGAGCGGACGAGAGUCGAUGAAAAAUAGCACUGUGUGUGGAAAAUUUCCAGGAUUUUCGACGAUUCCUCUGCACAGCAAUUUUAUAAGCUGGAGGAUAUUCUAAGAAUUUUUUUUAUCAAAGUAGAAGAUUUUGGAUGGAAUAGAAGAUAGCUCUUAAACCAACUGCGCAAGAUCCAGGAGAUUCCAAGAGAAUAUUUUUCGAGUUUGACUAGUGUGUUUAGAAGUGAUUGGAAAGAUUGAACAAAAAGUUUGAGAUAUUCUUCGGAAGAGAUAAAAAAUCAACACACGUGUAAAAAAAGAUCCAGUUUUUGGAAUCCGAAUCUGUUGACAGAUCUGAAAAUUUGGUUGAAAAAUUCAAGGAGGAGAUCAAAAGUGGUUUGAAUAGCUCGAAAAUUUUCGAAGGCUAUUUUGGAGAGAAUCUGGAUCUAGAGGAUUCAUCCGCGAGGAAGAUCGGCAAUUUGAAAGAUCGACACGAAGCGGAAGUACCGUUGUCUCUCCGAUCGUUCUGGGGAUUCGCGGAUGAACGGCCUUGACGGCGCGAGCCUCGGCGAGUCUCGGUCUGGUCCGAACUAGGACAGCGGAGCGUGCGUUCUGAUAAAUGUACGAAAAGAUCGAGCGAAAUCUUCUUCUUCUUGUUCUCCUGGAGUAAACUUCCUCGAGCAACGAGCGGGUGACCUGAGACUUUUGGUUUCCGGCAUUAUAUACGCAGCAGCGGUGAAAUCCGGUUUUGCAUGGGUGUAUACCAGGAAACCGGCAAACCUCCUCCCCCUAAUGUCACCCCGAAGAUGGCCAGGGAUCGUGCUGGGUCGGACCAUUCUGGUCACAUGAGCGACACCACCACGUGCAGCUGCGUCGCGAGUUCCAUCGAAAAGUGCUCGCUGCGCGGUUGCGGAAUGUUCCAAGAGCCGUUCUUCCUGCAUCCGCCGGGUUCCCGGCCGCGGGAUGGCAUUUACAUAAACCCGAUGAGCGCGUAUAUCGGCGAGCCGCCCAAGCCCAAGGACACGGGCGAGUCCUUCUACCUUCACAGCCCGCACGAUCUCGUCUACACCAGGAUCACGCGGCUGUUCGGCGACGCCGAGAAGCCGCGGAACGGCGUCGCGGCGGAUCAGCGUCAUAUGGCGGAGAGGAAAGACGAUACUCUGACUGUGAAAGUGGACGUGCACAUCAACAACAACGGAUUCGUCGGCCGGCCGCAUCCCAGUAACGGACACGCAGCCCGCUCCGAGCUCGCGAGAGAGCCUUCGGAGCACGCUUACGAGCAGAUCUGCGUGAGGCAAGAGGAAACGAGUAGCGUGAGCUCGUCGUCGCGCAAAAAGGCGGCGGACAAUGCCUCCGACAGCAGUCGUUCCCGAAAAACCGACAGGCGAUAUAGUCGAUCCAGCAGCGCCAGCGAAUCCUCGAACAUGAGCAGCGAGAUCCACGGUUUGUCAUCUACAACAUCCACCCCGUCCUUGUCGCGACACAGCAGCAACGAGCGAAUCGGCAAGCCGGGAAUCAAAACAAACGCGGAAGCGUCUCAUGAGAGGAAGGACUUGUCCGGCGUGCAGGUGGAAAGUGAAAAGGAGAUACGUGUGAGUGGCAACAACGGACCUAGUCUCUCGAAACCUCCACCACCGCCACCUCCACCACCACCGGAUGACGACGUGGUGGUCGUUCUGGUAAAUGCAAAACCGAAUAUAGAUGCGAACGCUGACAAGAAAGACGCGCGAGGAAGCGGCCAGGACGGAAGAAGCGAGUCUUCCGCGACCAACAAGUCCGACGUAUCAUCCUCUGGCGAGCAUCAGCAGCAACCGGAAGUGCCGCCUCCUGCCAGUGCACCGGUGGAUGCGGACGAAAUUAAAGCGAGCCAGGCAUCCCACCUGGUAAACAGGCACAUGGUGUUGCCGUUCAUACCGCCCAAGUUCGCCAACGCGGACUCCAACACCCUGCUGAAACCGUCCGAGUACCUGAAGAGUAUCUGCAAGGGGACGUCCAAGAACAGUCUGUCGAAAGCGAGGUCAGUGGACAACUUGGACAUCCAAAGUCGGAAUACGGAGCCGCGAGAGGAAGAGGAGGCCGACGAGGUAGAAGAAACGCGAAGGAGCAGCGAGGAGGUCAAGGGGUCACCUACGGGUCCACCGCCACCGCCGCUGUCUCCUUUGCAGCAGAGAGCACAUAGUGCGAGUCAAGGCCCGAAUGCCGCGAGCAACGCCGGCAACGAGACCGAAAGCUCCAAGAUCCCGCAACCCUUGGCCACAAUCAGCAUUCAGGACCUCACGAGUAUCCAGCUACGACGGACCGGCACCAAGAUGAACGCCACCAAGACGUUCUCAGCUCCGCCACCGCGCAGCGUGUCUAUGACUAACGUUUCUGAACCAUUCUUCGUGCAAAAAACGGAUCUAAUUGCCGAAUUAAAGCGCACCAAGGAUAUACCAGGUAUUAAAAAAUUAAAAGUGGAAAGAGCACAAGUCGAGAAGACUCAAGAGCAGAAUCUCAUGUCGGAAAUCAACAAAGCGUUUAGCGUUACAAACUUCGUUGAUCAAAUUCCGGAGAAGGACAGUUCGGGAAAUGUGAUACCAAUCUGGAAGCGACAAAUGUUAGCUCGAAAGGCCGCUGAACGAGCGAAGAAGGAACUCGAGGAGCAAAUAGCGCGAGAGAACGAAGAGAGGCGGCAGAAAGCAAUUCCACCGUGGAAGCGACAGCUUCUCGCCAAGAAAGAUAACGAGGAAAAGAGACUGAACCAGACACAAGCGUCCACGUCGACGUCAAAGUUGGAGGCAACAACGACGAACCCGACGAAGAGGGACGUUUCGCCGGUGGCGGUAUCUAAGAAGGAAGAUAAAUCUGAGGUCGACGAAAAACGGGAUGAUCCUGCCAAGGACGAUUCCGACGACGGUCAAAUUAUACCUUGGCGAGCGCAAUUAAGAAAGACCAAUAGCAAGCUCAAUAUACUUGAUUAAUCAUCGAGCGUUACGUUUCUUGUUUUUUUUUCUUUCUCAAAAAAAAAAAAAAAAAAAAAAAAAAAAAUACGCGUGAUGUAAGUAACUCGUUAAAAUUAUUGGUUAUUGAACGCGCGUAACGUGUAUGUUAUGAAAUCUAUCCGAAGUUAAAGGAACUUAUGCAACAGAUGCAAAAAAUAAAUGCGAGAGAGAGAGAGAGAGAGAGAGAAAGAGAGAGAGAUAUUUUGCUAGUUGAGAUAUAAACGAACAUAUAAAAUGGUUCACGGAAUUACAAGACAGGAAGUGUGUUUGAUAUUCUCUGCAAAGACUAGCGCGUACUGAUAUAUAUACUUUAAAAAGGAAUUAAAUGGAUAUUUUUAUAUACUCAUUGCAUUUAAUAUCGUUGCAAGGACACGUCUUUGCAAAUAUUCUCAUUCAUAUAAUUAAUAUUAAUAACUUUAAAUAUAUAUUUUUUUUUUUUUAUGAAAACUGAAACAUAGUGGAAUUUAAUGUUUAUUUCAAGAUUAUAAGGUUCAGAGAAAUCGUCUCUGACAAGAUAAUUCAAUCAUUUUCUUUAAAUUUCUGGAAACACAAGGCAAUCUUUGAAAAUAUCUUUACUGAAGUAUCAUUUAGAAAAUAUAUUGCGUAAACAUUUGAUAAAAUAUAUCAAGAAAAAACAAAAAUUAUGUAAAGAAUUAUAUCGUGUCUUAAAUUAUGUAAUACGAAUUAAAGGCAAUCAAUAUGUACAUACAAAUAAGUCUUAUAAUUUCGUUUGCAUAAUAA